UUUACUGAAUGGCAACACUCUAACUCACAUCGCUGUCAGAUUUUAGGCGCGAAUCUGCAGCAUUCGCGGAGAAAAAUAAAAAUACUGGUCAAGUAAUUAAUUAAAUAAUUAAGCAAUAAUGAAGUGCAAAAUACCGGAAAUAUCGUGGCACAACCGCGACCCAGUGCUAAGUGUGGAUAUACAAUCGAACAGUGUGGGAUUGCCUGCAUCCGCAAUGUGUCGAUUAGCCUCAGGCGGCACCGAUGCUCACGUUCUCAUUUGGUAUAUCAACCAAUCUGUGGAGGGUGAGGGCAUUGAACUAGAACUGGCGGCGGAUUUGGCAAGACAUCAGCGUGCCGUCAAUACAGUUCGGUGGUCACCCAACGGCGAACUCUUGGCCUCUGGGGAUGACGAAAGUGUCAUCUUCAUAUGGAAACAAAAAGCGGAACACGAAGUGGUAAACAUUGUGGAUGCUGAUGGAAAUAGCGAACAGGAUCGAGAGGUGUGGCUGACACUAAAAAUCUUGCGUGGUCAUCGGGAGGAUGUCUACGAUCUGAGCUGGGCACCAAAUUCACAGUUUUUGGUCACGGGCUCUGUGGACAACACUGCCAUGUUGUGGGAUGUACACAAGGGCAAGUCUAUAGCUAUUCUGGAUGAUCACAAGGGCUAUGUACAGGGCGUGGCUUGGGAUCCAUCAAAUCAAUACAUAGCCACGAUGAGCACGGAUAGGAAUUUGCGGAUUUAUGAUGCCAACAGCCGACGCUGCCUGCAUCGGGUGAGCAAGGCCACGCUACCUGUUCAGGAGGGACAUGAGCUGCAUGAUCGCAGCAUUCGCUUGUAUCACGAUGGCACACUGCAGACCUUUUUUAGGCGCCUCUGCUUCACGCCAGAUGGCAAACUGUUGCUCACACCCGCCGGUGUGACCGACUACGAUGGCGUCUUGAAGCCCACAAAUACUACUUAUGGAUACAGUCGCUAUGAUCUGAGCAAACCCGCCUUUGUGCUACCUUUUCCCAAUGAAUACACAGUGGCUGUACGCUGUUCUCCCGUUCUGUAUCGCCUGCGUCCGUACAAUGCAGAGAAGAAUCCGCCAACUAUAACGCUGCCUUAUCGUAUGAUUUAUGCGGUGGCCACCAAGAACUCGGUGUUCUUCUAUGACACACAACAGCCGGUGCCUUUUGCCAUUGUUUCCAACAUACAUUAUACACGGUUGACUGAUUUGGCCUGGUCAAAUGAUGGCAAUGUGUUGAUCGUCUCCAGCACGGAUGGCUUCUGUUCCUUGUUGACAUUUAACGAGAAUGAACUUGGCGAACGCUAUGAGGAAAUGGAUGCAGUGCUGUGCGCUGCCGCCAAGACAUCCGAAAACGCCCCACAACGCAGUCGGAAGAUCAAGAAACCAAAACGAAAGGCUUCAUCCGAUGAGUCAGCUUUACGACGUCCGCUCCAGGAGAAAACCAAGUCCAAUAAAAUUGCGAGAAAGCAAAAGAUCAGCGACGAGAGUAUGAAUGAGGGCAAAGAGUGCAUAGAAACGGAUUUGGAGGCGGAUAAUGAUUCGUCCUUGCAGAGCAGCAGCUCCGCAACCUCCUUAAGUAGCCCAAAGCUUGCUACAAAGACAGAUGUGAAACCUACGCCCAUUGCCUUCAGACGUUCCCCUCGCAAAGUUGCCGAACCGACAGUCAUUGCAAUACGACGCUCGCCGCGUAAAGUUACAGAUGCAACGACAACGACCACGCCCACCGUUGCUGAGCCGACGCCCAUUGCUAUCAAGCGCAAGGCCAGCAACGAAGCGGAGCCGUUGCAAAUCAAGCCCAAGCUGCAGCUGGGAGUACUGCCCAAACCCCUUGAAGCUGUACUCGACAAGGAGAUCAUCAGCUCGGAUGAAAAGUUCGAGUCGCCGGAGAAGUUCGAGUCUAGGCCAGUUACGCCGAUACAAGUGCGAAGAUUGCCCCGGACACCAGGCAGCAGCCACAGCAACAGCAACACACAAACACCUAAAUCACUGCCCGCCAGACAUGCCACGCCCAUUGCUGUGCGUCGAACGCCACGGGUAAUCAUCGAUGUGCCUGCUGUGAAUGCGUCCGUGGCCGUAGAAGAAGCCAUGGAUGCCUGGCCAUUGGAGGAGGACGUUACUCCGGUGCCAAGCAAAGAGAAGUCAACUUCUCCAAGCAAAAAGAAGGGCGACAAGAUGGAAGAGUCGCAGUUGGUCAUCAAUGAGGCGACUUGCGAGCACACCGAGGACAUACGUCUCGUCUAUGAGGACACGCAAGAGGGAACACCAGUUAAAGCCAUGCCAACAGUAGCAACAGAAGCGACAGCAAUUGCAGCAAUAGCACAGGGUGCCUCGUCAAAGCCGACCACGCCAAACAACAAGACGCCACGUCGCGUUUCUUUGCGAACCAUUUCGACGCCCAAGUCCAAAAAGAAACUGUUAGAGUAACGAUUCAUUUAGCAUACAAGAAAUUUAGCCUUAGUCUUAACCGAAUUAUAUCAUGUUUUAAUUUGAAUAAAACGCAAGCACACACACAU